AUGAGUCAGCAGAUCGAGGUCAAGCAGCUCAGGGCACUGCUCGAGAGAAGUGAACGGGAGAAACGGGAAUUGAUGGAGAAGCUCAGCAGAGCCCAGUCACACUCUUCAUCGAGGGUCUGGAGCCUCGAUGCCAGUCACAACAGCUACCGUACAUCGGCAUCAUUACAUCCUCCUCUUCUCGAUAACAAUGCCCCCGCUGGUACAACAAGGACCCCCGGCGUCAGAACCGAACUCCGGCCUCCGCCAAAUCACUUGCAGCAGGACCAAAGCCGUCCCAUGAAGCGCUCCAAGACCACACAUGCUGCAGGGUCCUCGAACGCAGCGCCCAUGAUGCGAUCGAGAUCAAGCAGCUCGAGGGUCGGGCUCAACCCAACACAAUUCGUAACCCAGGGACACAACUGCAUUCCCACUCCGGCUGUGCAUAGCAGUUGCUCCACGGCUGGUGCGGGGGGAAUUGGGGGUCCUCAACAGAGCCAGCCCAACAAUGCCACCAACACUGUCACUCCCGAUGGUACCCCCCUGGUCUCCCCGUUACAAUACCGCGACUUCGGUCGGGAAAUGGGUGUUGACGAGUUCCUCUUGAUGCACGAGGACGACUUGUUCCCGACCACUUCACCCAUCACCAUCCCUCCCUCGAACCUGCUAUCGCCUCGGAGCGCUGAACCAUAUUCGACGUCAAGUUUCCCCUCUCUUUGUGGAUCCCUGACCUCGGGUUCGACGUUGGACACCGCUCCCAUGUCGCGGCGCAACAGCUCAAUAAAUGAUGGAGCCUCGAUCUCUGGCCAAUUCAGCGAAAUGGUCCGGAUACAGUCGCAACAAUCCACGCAGGGCUUCCGCCAUAGCCCUGACGCUGCCCAUACCCCGUUCCUCGGGAAGCGCCACUCAGAAGGUUUGACAGUGCACUACGCCUACCCGUCAUCCGCGCCCACCUACUCCGCCCUUUCUCAACACCACCAUUCAAUGGAGCCAUCCCUAUCUCAAUCGAGUAUGCUGUCCACCUCAUCUGCUGGCGUGUCCCCUCACGAUCUCAGCAGUCCUUUCCUGGCCCAGCACCUCGCCAUGGAGCGGUCCGUGUCCAAGGACAGCGUCAAGUCCAGCUCGUCUCUGAAGCUCCGCGCCAAGGAGGCACUGGCCCGACAGAACUACGCCGCCAAAUCCCGCCAUCUCCAACCAAAGCCAGCAGCCGGGACAGCGGCGAAACAGAACAACUCGGCGAAAGACAACGGAAAGGCGGUCAUUAUCAAGACUAAGUACGAGCGGCCUAAGCACCCCAAAGUCAUGUGCAACCAGUGCAACGACCACCCGGAGGGCUUCCGCGGCGAGCACGAGCUGCGGCGGCACACUGAGGCCAAGCACAAGAGCAUGGUCAAGAAGUGGAUCUGUCGCGACCCGGACCUGUACGGCAUCGCCCACGCCGAGACGGCCGUCAAGCCCCUCCGCGACUGCAAGCAGUGCUCGCAGAACAAGCAGUACGGCGCCUACUACAACGCUGCCGCGCACCUGCGGCGCACGCAUUUCAAGGUCAAGCCUCGGAAGGGUGGGGUUGCCGCCGCCUGCUCCUCCAGGAAUAGGAACGGGGGCGGCGGGCCGCAGGCGAAGGUGGAGAUAGAAGAGAACAGGGAGAGGCGCGGGGGCAAGGGUGGCGGUGACUGGCCGUCCAUGAGCGAGUUGAAGUUGUGGAUGGUGGAGGUGACCGUGCCGAUGGACCAGCCCGGUGCUCUGGUUCCGGACGGCGUCGAGUCGGUCGGCGGAGUGGAUCCUGAAGAUUUCGAGGCCGAGGUCCUUGACCCGAAGUACAGCUCGCAAGGUGCAGGGAUGCCGCCCCUGACGAUGGUCCCGGACGGGUUUGACUUGGCCGCUGCUUUUGCUGGUGUUGGAGGGGGGUUCAGUCAGACCAUCGAUCACCUGACGGGCUCGUCGUCGUUCCAGGGGGAACUUAAUUCGCAGCUUGCUGAGGUGUACCCUCUGUCCGACGGUUCUGCCUUUUCAGCGGCGUCGACCGCCCUGCAGGGGCUGCCGAUCUCGUCGGCUGGGUUUGGCGAUAGGACUUUCGAUCUGGGCUCUCAGCAGAGCAUGGCUCUGCCGCCGUUGAUGGGCUUUGACGGCCACCACGGCUACACGUCGCCUGUCUCGUCCACCGCGACCAUCACGCAGGCCGCCGCCGGCGUCUACAUGGACCAGAUCCCCCCGCAUGCUGUCAUGCAGGCGCAGCGCGAUGAGCUGGCUGAUUUGCCGUUUGAGCUUACCUUUACGACCACGGGCCAGUGA